CAGCCGCUUGCUGUGUCCUGAGAUCUGUUGAGUUGUUGCGCUUCUAUUGUGGAAGGCGCGUCUCUUUGGGAAAUAACGCGUGUGUUGACAGAAGGAAUCGUUGCGUUGUAUUAUUUUCACAUACAAUGGGAUUGUCGUCUCGUUCUUGGCGAGAGCAUCAGAGAGAUCCCACCUGGCUUUGUUAAGCCUACAUGCCUGUGAAAUGACCGUAUCUCCUGCUUGCCCUCCCGUGGAGUGAGCAGUUGUCCUUGACAGUGAAACGGAGAUAAAGAGACUCAUUCUCCUCCUAUGGAUUACAGACCCUCAGGUCUGAACGCCCUAACGUGGGACCAGAGAUACAGACGAGGCCAUAGAAGCUUGAGAAGCGCCUCACCGCAGAAAUGCAGACCGAUGAUCUAUUUGCCAAAAAGCUUCAAGCUUUAAAUGGGAAUAUGGGACCUCCUGGUGCAAAUGCACAAGGGACACCAGCUGUGCCCAAGAUGGGUGUACGGGCAAGAGUGUCGGAAUGGCCACAGAAGAAGGAUGGCAUUUGCCCACCACCUAGAUACGAAAGCCUAAUGACUUCCUUUCAGAAUGGACAACCCAUUCAGUCUCCAGAAGAUGCGGUCAAACCAAGCCCAGGCUCACCUCCAAAUCCCAGCUUUCUGGAGGCCAAAUAUGGGCUUGGUGAACUUCUGAACCACUCGCCUGGUAAAGUUCACCAUGCCCUUCAGAAAAGAAGCAACAGUGAUGUCACCAUCAGUGAUAUCGGGGCAGAGGACAUGGAUCAGACUGCAAUCAACCCUAAUACAGGUGCAACUUUGCAUAGAGAAUACGGAAGCACGUCCUCAAUCAAUCGCCAGGGUUUGCCCGAUGAAGCUUUUUUUGGGAAUCUGAAGGGAUUCCAGUCGGAACACUCAGAGCAACCGAGCGCACCACCUCCGCAUGGCUUUCCGGAGUUUCGUCGAUACGAGACCACAGUUUCUCCAAGUCUCCAGACUGCUGCGCAGAUUGCACGGGGAGACAUUCUCUGCAUUCCCAACUACUCAGACUAUGUGGACAGUUCGCUUUUCUACAGCCGAGAAAGGGAGAAGUCCUUCCUACAGCGGCAGAAAUCCGAAAAGGGGGAGACGUCAAUUUUCCGCAGGCUGAAGACUAUGAAAAGUGAGCAGCGGCAACUUAGCGAACUGGACGAUUGUAGUAGACAUGGUCGUCCAUUGAGUUUCCAGAGAUGUUUUUCUCACUAUGAUGUCCAGAGUGUGCUUUUCAACAUUAGCGAGGCUGUUACUAAUCGUGCCAACUUGGCACGUCGGAAGAACAUUACCACAGGGGCUUCUGCAGCAUCGCAACACCAAAUUAGUGGGGCAUUGGAUGGUCCUGACCCCUUGCCUCUUUGCGAGUCCCCUUUGGACAACUGUGAGGAGCUUGGGCAAAAAGCUUGCACUGAUCCCGAUGAGGGAGAUGGAAAGAGUAGUGGUUUGGUGUUGAGUUGCCCAUACUUCCGGAACGAAAUUGGGGGGGAAGGUGAAAGGAAGCUGAAUGCCACCAAACCAAACAGCGCACCACCCAACAGCAACGUAGGUGACAAUAACUCUAUUGAGUCCACUUUAAGCUCACACUGCACCAAUGCGGGGGUUUCCGUUUUGGAGAUGUCCCGUGAGAAUUAUGCCUCUCGUGAAAACUACGCCAUACCACGGGAUUGCAUCAAACGCUACAUCAUUGAGCACAUCGACAUGGGCGCUUACUACUAUCACAAAUUCUUUUUCAAUAAAGAGCACCAGAACUACUUUGGUGUUGAUGAGAACUUGGGGCCGGUGGCUGUCAGCAUUCGGAGAGAGAAACUGGAGGAGGGGAAGGAGGGACCGCAGUAUAAUUACAGGGUCAUCUUCAGAACCGGCGAGCUCACUACUUUGAGAGGCUCAAUCCUGGAGGAUGCAGUCCCUUCCACUGCGAAGCACGGGACGUCCCGUGGGCUCCCUCUUAAAGAGGUGCUGGAGUAUGUAGUUCCUGAGGUCAACAUUCAGUGUCUCAGAAUGGCCAUAAGCUCACCUAAAGUCCCAGAGCAACUGCUGAAGUUGGAUCAGCAGGGGCUGAGUUACCAGCACAAAGUGGGCAUCCUGUACUGCCAGGCUGGGCAAAGCACAGAGGAGGAGAUGUACAAUAAUGAGAGCGGCAGUCCCGCACUGGACGAGUUUCUGGAUCUGCUGGGUCAGAGAGUUCGACUGAAGGGCUUCAGCAAGUACAGGGCACAGCUCGACAACAAAACGGACUCCACCGGUACUCACUCUCUCUACACCACCUAUAAAGACUUUGAGCUGAUGUUUCACGUCUCUACAAUGCUGCCAUACACACCCAACAACAGGCAACAACUGCUAAGGAAGAGGCACAUUGGAAAUGACAUUGUUACCAUCAUUUUCCAGGAGCCAGGAUCUUUACCUUUCACACCCCAAAACAUACGCUCUCAUUUUCAGCAUGUCUUCAUCAUCGUCAAAGUCCACAACCCUUGCACAGAGCACGUGUGUUACAGCAUUGCAGUCACCAGAUCCAAAGACGUGCCUGCAUUUGGUCCUCUCAUCCCCAAAGGAGUGAUGUUCCCAAAAUCGGCAGUUUUCCGGGACUUCCUGCUGGCAAAGGUGAUCAAUGCAGAAAACUCGGCCCACAAAUCGGAAAAGUUCCGCGCCAUGGCCACUCGAACCCGUCAGGAAUACCUAAAAGACCUAGUGGAAAACUUCACCAGCGCGACGCCCGUGGACGCCUCAGGUCCCAAAUUCAGCUUCAUCACCCUGGGUGCCAAAAGAAAGGAGCGCAGCCGGCCCAGAAACAACGCUCAUCUGUACAGCACCGGAGCCGUCACAUGGUCAGUGGUGGCCCGGGACAGUUGCCAGUCCAGUGAUAUUGGAUGUUUACUGGCCAUUUCCAGAGAGUUUGUGGUGCUCAUUGAGGAAGCGUCCCGGGAUGUGGUUUUCAACUGUUACUGCAAGGACGUGAUUGGUUGGAGCUCGUCCUCAACGGUGGGCAGGGUGAAGCUGUUUUACGAGCGUGGCGACUGCGCUGUGUUUUCUGUGCAGGAUGGAUGUCCGGAGGAAGUUCGUGAGGUCGUCCAGCGAUUAGAGAUAGUCACCAGGGGGAUUGAGACUCUAGAAAUGACCCUGCGCAGGAAUGCCCUGGGCCAGCUGGGCUUUCAUGUCAACUUUGAGGGAGUGGUGGCCGACGUGGAGCCGUUUGGGUUUGCCUGGCAAGCUGGACUUCGCCCUGGCUGUCGUUUGGUGGAGAUCUGCAAGGUCGCAGUAGGAAAUCUCACUCACGAGCAGAUGAUUGACUAUCUGCGGACCUCCACACCUGUUACGGUGGUGGUCAUACAGCCACAUGAGGACGGCACCCCUAGAAGAGGUGCCUCAGAGCUGUAUCGUGUCCCCAUCAUGGAGUACAAGACUCUUGGUACUGGGCCUGGUUGGCACAGGAUGACUCACGUUCCCCAGGGCCUGCCUCUGUCUCGGGUUUCUCCCACUCAAGGGCCCGAUCGACCCUCCCCGAGCCAACAGAUGUUCCAGUACGCGCAAGCUGCUAUCUCACGCAGCACUUCUUUUGAUAAGAAAUACCAGGAUGGAUCUAGGGUAUUGCAGGACUUCGAGAUGGUUCAGAGUCCGUCUGGAAAUUCCGGCCAGCAUUACUGCAGUUCUCCCAGUAACCAAUCAACCUCCAGUGAUCCUGGUCCCUGUGGCACUUGGGCUCAGAAAGCCAGUUAUGACGGAUCACAAUCACCUGCCCUUCAUGACCAGCCAGAGGAAAAGGAUGGAGAAAGAGAGCACAAACUGGAGAGGACGCGAUCUGCUGGAUCGCCAUGUGUUCCUGAAGCCAAGUGGCACAUCCCAUCCACCAAGAUCCUCAACAGGGGUCUACAGAGACAGGGGGCCAAAGACUCACCUGGGAAAUUCCCUCGGAGCCGUGAGAAGAGCUGCCACAGCCAUUGCUCCAGCCACUCCAGUAACAACACCCUCUCCAGCAAUGCUUCCAGCGGCAGCGACGAGAAACAUUUUGGAUCUGGAGACCCAAUGGAUCCAGAGUCCUUAGGACUCACCUAUAUCAAAGGUGCAUCAACUGACAGCGGCAUAGAUACAGCACCCUGUAUGCCCCCUCCACCCCCUGCCCUGCCCUUGGCCGGAGUUGGACCUUCACGGAUGGCCAUGCGGGACGGGAGGGUUGAUACGGGACUCCCGUGGCCUCUGGAGUACCAGGAGGAUGGCGAGACGGAUGAAGGAAGGGCAAAGAUGUUCCUGUCUCAGGGAUAUGCGCCCGUUACACCCACCGGUCACACCACGGAUGGAAGCACAGGAGAUCUGAGCGAGAUUUCAUCACUUUCCAGUGGCUCACGUCAUUCUGGAAGCCCCUCUGAGCGAUGUUCGAAGAACUCCAGCUCCAUUGACCCCUCGAAAAUCUACAUCAUCUCUCCUACGGACACCACUCCGAUGGGAGGACGAGAGAAGCUCUCUAUUAGCUGCCAAUCACAAGGUGAAAAGUAUUCAACUGGCUGGAAGAAAGGAGAAAAUGAGCACUUGCUGGAAGAUCAAGGGCAAGCUAGAGACUUUAGUCGCUCAGAGGUGUUGUCUUUGCUUCUAAAGACACUGUUGAGGAAAUCGAGGGGCCUCUAUUUAAGGAACCCGUCCCAGGUGGUUAAUAGCGCUGGUGAGAAGCUCCAGACACUCUCUAAGGAGGCCUUCCUCAGGAUGCUUCUCCCCGACAGUCCCCCGGGGCAGGCAGGCCGGGGCAAGAUACCGCUUGUGGUGCAGUCUCCGCGCCGCUCACUGUACCGGACUCUGUCAGACGAGAGCUUGUGUAGCAGCCACCGGAGGGCGCUGUCCUUGGCUAGCUCUCGUAGCUCCAUGCUGGACCAGGCCGUGCCCAAUGACAUCUUAUUCAGCAGCGCCCUGCCCUACCACAGCACUCUGCCACCCCGCAUGAGUCUCAACCACAACGCAAGUCAGCUCAAGAAUGAGCUCUGGUUUUCUGACAGCUCGCUGGCAGAAAAGGCCAAGCUGGCGGACACUGGUAUGAUGCCCUUGCCGGACCCGUCCUCUGGUCUCGACUGGUCACAUCUUGUGGACGCCGCACGUGCUUUUGAAGAUCAGACUGCGACCUCUCUGAGCUCUCUGACUGAAGAUGAGCAGAGCAAGCAGGUUCUGGAGCUUUCCGAGGAGCUGACCAGAAGAGUAGGAUGUGUGGACGCAUCAACUCUACCAGCAGGGGAAGGAUCUCCUACUCUGCUCACUGGGAAGGUGAACCAGCUGGAGCUCAUUCUCCGACAGCUGCAGUACGACCUGAGGAAGGAGCAAGAAGACAAGGCUAUGCUCCAAGAGCAAGUCCAACACCUCCGACAGGACAACCUUCGUCUGCAUGAAGAGAGCCAGACGGCAGCCGCACAGCUGAGGAGAUUCACUGAAUUGUUUCUUAACACAAUGGACAAGAAACCUUGAGCAGAAGUAGCCCGUAACUCCCCCUUCUUGUGCUUUUUCAAACUCCAUAACCCAAGGAGAAUUAGUCCAGUGUACUGUAAAAAUAAAAGAAAAAAGAUGUUAGAGGAGAAUUUUCAGCAUUUGAAUGUGAACGUGUGCAAAGCUAAUAUGCUAACACACUAAAAACUGAGUCAAAGUUGGUGGAAAGACGUGAGAAUGUGAAUGAAAAACGGAGAGUAGGGAAUUAAAUAUGUGAUGAGGGUCGGAAAGGAGAAAUUAAAUGGGUUGUGACCUAUCGAAGGGUACAAACGUGUCGUGAAAGUGAAUGUAAAUGCAAUAAGCCGUGAUUUCUUUCUAAAAAUCUUUGGUUCCUUGGACUCGACGUCUUCAAGCGUGAGUUUUGAUCGCUAGCAUCGCAACUCAAGUUCAAUCCUGGCAAUCCCUAACAUAUGUGGAAAUGUAGACCAGCCAAUUGCAACGUUCCUUAGUGUCUAAAGCUCCCGAAGACUAGGUGUGCUGUAUACCAGUUUUGAAACAUCUUUUUUGUAAGUAACCCAUUGAAAACAAAUGUUGUAGCAAUAAUUUUGCUGAUGCUGUAAUCACAAUUGUUCGAUAAGAUUAGCACUGAGUGUGAUUUGGUUGUAUUCAAAAACUUUUAUGUAGAAAAAAAACAAACAUACAAAAAAAGUCUUUGUGUGCCUGAUGUUAUUGGUGGUCUUUCAGUUGUUUUCGUUAAUCCAUCUUACUGUCUGAGUGCUUACAAAAUCCAUGCCCACUGCUUUUAUCCGUUAGGCUUUGUUUUACCCAAACAACAGAUGCUAAACGGCUGACCUCAAGUGGGAGGCCAGUAAACGCAGACUAGCACCUGUAAACCACUUAAUAUAAAAAGCCAAAUUCUGCUUGUUGCUGUAAAGUACCUCAGAAAAAAAGUGUCUUGUACCUUCGCCCUCUUAUUUAAGCUUAUUUAACCUAAGAUUGUUAUUUUAAUGAGAGUAUUUUCCUUUUCUGCACUAAAAAAAAAAACAAAAGAGUAAUUACUCCACGUGGCAGUACACUUUGUAUACUUGUGAACCAUGUCAGCAGUACUGUGUAUAGCUUGGCUGAGAGAUGAUAACUGUAAACAUAAAAAUGGUUUAUUUCUGGGACGUUCAGAUGUUUGGAUGCUGCUAGAGGACAGGAUGUUGUUUUUUAUGGCCUUUUAAAAGAUGUUUUUAUUUCUUUGUAAAUUUGUUUCGUUGAGGUUGGGAUGAAAAGCUUACCUUUGUAAAAUAAAGUUUAGGAUGUCAAUAAAGUAAGACUUGUGUCCUUUUA